CAAUAUCGUAAAUUAGAUAGAGCAGAUAGCCCAAUUCCGUUUCAAAUCCAACCACCAUUAUUUACUCGCUCGCGUCAGACUCUUCUCAUUUCCCUUCUCCGAUCCGCCACCGUCUGAUUUCCCUCAAUUCGAUCGCCUCUCUCUCUACCAAUGGAAGAAGACAAAUCAUUCUCCGAGCCAAUCAGCCACUUCGACGACAGCAACCACGGCUGGCAGAAGGUCACCGCCAAGAGACACAGGAAAAAUCAGAACAACAAAGCCGCCGCCGAUUCCUCUAAUCUGCCUAACGGAUCCGCAAUCGCGCCGGAUAAAAACAGCGUUUUCAAGGGCUUGGAGAAGCACGCCGAGGACCGCCGCCGGAAAUUGGAGGCGCAGCGCGCCGCCGCGGUUUAUGACGACGACGUCGACAAUGAGAGAUCAAGGAAUAAUCGGCGACGGGAUGGGGACGACGACGAUCUCAGCAGCGAUGCUGAUGUUAAGAGCAAUGCUGUGGAGGUGAAGAAGAAGGAGAAGCAGAAGAAGGCUAAGAAGCCUAAAGUUACUGUGGCCGAGGCUGCAGCUAAGAUCGAUGCCGAUGACCUCGUCGCCUUUCUUUCUAGCGUUUCGGAAUCCUAUGAAGGGCAGCAGGAUAUUCAGUUGAUGAGGUUUGCUGAUUACUUUGGGCGAGCAUUUUCUGCCGUCAGUGCGUCGCAGUUCCCGUGGCUUAAGUUGUUCAGGGAGUCUCCCGUGGCGAAGAUUGCCGAUGUCCCAGUUUCUUACAUCUCUGAAGCUGUUUACAAGGCAUCAGUUGAAUGGAUCAAUCAACGUUCUAAUGAGGCGCUAGGAACCUUUGUGGUCUGGUCAUUAGAUAGCAUUCUGGCAGACUUGGCUGCUCAACAAUCUGGGAAUAAAGUUUCAAAGAAAGGAGUGAAUGCAAUAUCUUCAAAGUCUCAGGUUGCUAUAUUUUUGGUUCUAGGAAUGGUAUUACGCCGGAAACCUGAUGUACUGAUUAAUCUUUUGCCAACAUUAAGAGAAAACUUGAAAUAUCAAGGACAAGAUAAGCUGCCAGUUCUAAUAUGGAUGACAGUGCAGGCAAGCCAAAUAGAUAUAUCUGUUGGAUUGUAUCUGUGGUCACAUCUGAUUUUGCCAAUACUUGGAGGCAAAUCUGGAUCUAAUCCACAUACUAGGGACUUGGUUUUGCAGUUAGUAGAAAGAAUUGUAGCUGCACCUAAAGCUCGUAGCAUAUUAGUAAACAAUGCUGUUAGAAAGGGUGAGCGCCUGAUGCCACCUGUUGCUCUUGACCUGUUGUUACGUGCAACAUUUCCUGCACCUCAUGCCCGAGUUAAGGCUACUGAACGAUUUGAGACAGUCUACCCACUUUUAAAAGAUGUUGCUCUUGCUGGUUCACCUGGAAGCAAAGCAAUGAAGCAGGUGUCACUCCAGAUACAAUCUUUAAUUGUGAAAACAUCUGGAGAAGGAGUCCCUGCACUAUCCGAGGAAGCAAGUAGCAUCUUUAUAUGGUGUUUGAGGCAGAAUCCUGAUUGUUUCAAGCAGUGGGAGAAGAUUUAUGAUGAUAAUAUAGAGGCUAGUGUUGCUGCCUUGAGGAAACUUGGUGAGAAUUGGAAGGAGUUUUCUUCAAAACAGUCUUCUCUUCAAGUCAGGGAUACGUUGAAGAGUUUCAUGCAAAAGAAUGAGAAAGCCUUUAAUGGCGGAGCUGAUGCUAAACGCCAAACUUCAUUCAAAGAUGCUGAUAAAUACUGUAAGAUAGUAUCUGGAAAGCUCUCCAGUGGGCAUGGCUGCGUGAAAGCUAUUUUCUUUACUCUUGCGGUGCUGGCUGUGGGUGCUGCCGUUGUGUUCCCAAACACUGAUGAAUGGGACUUCAACAAAUUGCUUGCUGAAGCCCAGAAAUCAUUCUGAUCAAAGUUUUACUCCUUACUCAGAGUUGGAUAUAUAGAUUUUGUGGAUCUCCCAGGCAAAAACUAAUUCGAGGUGGGCAAAAUAAAGUGGCGGGAGAGAGAGAGAGAGAGAGAGAGGUGUUUGUGCAAUAGCAAGCCUGAUGAGUUUUACGAAAAUAUAAUAUUCGGCAUGUAAAAGAGGGAGAGUUUGAUUUGAACAUAGGGACUAAUUUUAGUUUUGUUUGGUGGCUAGAGUUAGAGAUAUAGUCCUUGAUGUAAUCAGCACUAAUCUCUGCUGUUUGCUUCAUGAGCACACAGAAACCAUAUACUUAUCCUUUUCUCCCUUUUUGGAUAGAGAUUUUAUUCAAGUGUUUC